GUCCAUUUGAGCCACAGAGAACUCGGCGUCGCGUGGCGUCGCAUGGCUUCGCUGGAGCUUCACUUGGCGGGGCUGGACGGCCGGGAGCUCCAGCUCUCGCUUGCGCCGGACGCGAGGGGCGAGGAGCUGCAGCGGGCGGCCAGGUCGCAGCUCGGGGGCUUGCCGGGGCUUGCGCUGAGCCUCUGGUUCCAAGGCGCCCGGGUGCUGCCCCGUGAGCGCUUGGGCGAGCAGGGCCUGGUCUCCGGCAGCUGGCUGAGCUUCACCUAUAGCCCCAGCAACAUCCUGGGUGCUUGGAAGGCCAUGAGCAGCGCGAAGCCGCGGGAGGAAGAGCUGGACCUGGAAGGGAUCACCAGGAUCUGCUACGGAGGGAACAACCCGCAGAUCUUGCUGCAGAUGCCUUGGCCUGUGACAUUGCUCAGCCUGGACUUCGGCCACAGCUUCAACCAGAGCUUGCAGGGUGUGCAGCUGCCGGAGACUUUGCAGCACCUGAGCUUCGGGCACUCCUUCAACCACAGCCUGCGGGGCGUGCGGUUGCCCGAAGCUCUGGCGACACUGUGCUUCGGGCACCGCUACAACCAGAGCCUCCGCCACGUGAGGCUUCCCAAGCUGAAGAGCCUGACAUUUGGCGCUCUCUUCAACCAGGCCCUGCAGGGCACCGAGUUCCCGGAGACCUUGCAGCGCUUGAGCUUCGGCGCCAGCUUCAACCAGCGCCUGGAGAGCCUGCCGGGCCGUUUGGAGCACCUCUCGUUGGAGGGCUUCGACCAAAGUCUGCGAGGCGUGGUGCUUCCCCGGCUCCUGAGCCUGACCUUGGGCAACAACUUCAGGCAGAGCUUGCAGGGGGUCGCUUUGCCCGACGGCUUGACCAGCCUGAGCUUGGGCGACGAGUUCAACCAAAGCCUGGAGGGGCUACCCGCCAGCCUGGAGAGCUUGACCUUCGGCAGCAGCUUCAACCAAAGCCUGGUGAGCCUGCCCAACCUGCGCAGCCUCAGUUUCGGCAAACACUUCAACCAGCCUUUGGCACUUUCGACCUUGCCGAACCUCACGCGCCUGAAUCUGUCGGAUGCCUUUCAGCACCCCGCCCCCCUGCGCCUCGAGCAGCUGAGCUGCGGCCCGUCGUUCGCCGGUCUGGCUGGCUUUGACAUGCUGCAGGACUUGACCCUCUCCUUCUCUGGCGUGGCGCCCCUGCGGCUGCCGAAGAAGCUCCGAAGCUUGAGCUUGCAUGGCUUCAACCAGAGCCUGCGGGACGUGGAGCUUCCUAGCACCUUGCGAGAGCUGAGCUUGGGCCAGCAGUUCAACCAGGCCCUGGACGUGCAGUUUCCGGAGGCCUUGCGGCGCCUGAGCUUGGGGCAGAGCUUCAACCAACCACUCAAGGGAGUUCUGCUACCGGCGCGACUGGAGUCGCUGAACUUCGGACAAAGCUUUGACCAGCCUUUGCACAAGGUGCUGCCCGCCGAUUUGCGGGAGCUGAUCUUCGGGGAGAGGUUCAAUCAGAGCCUGCAGGGGCUGCAGCUCCCUCCGGGCCUGGAGGUCCUGACCUUCGGGCGGGGCUUUGGCCACAGCUUCCACCAGGUGGCCUUCCCAGCGACUCUGCGGGCCCUGACCUGCGGAAGCAACCAGCUCCAGGGUCUGGUGCUACCAGAGCGGCUGCAGAGCCUGGACUUGGUCUAUGACUUCAACCAGGGCCUUGAGGCCGCCGCGCUCCCUUCGGGUUUGCAGCGCCUGAGCUUCGGGGACUCCUUCAACCAGCCUCUGGGCGAGCUGCCGCCGGAGCUGCGGAGCUUGAGCUUCGGCGCGGCCUUUGAUCAGCCUCUGCAGGGCGUGGCGUUGCCGGCGGCGCUGCGCAGCUUGAGCUUCGGGGACUCCUUCAACCACAGCCUGGAGGACGUAGCGCUGCCCGCGCUGGAGGCGUUGAGCUUCGGCCAAUACUUUCGGCAAAGUCUGGAGGCUGUAGCGCUGCCCCAGACUUUGCGCGUGCUGCGAACCCCGCAGUGCACUAUCGAUUGCUUCGCAAUUUUCAUCGCCUGCGGCUCCGAGCACUCGGCUGUCCUCAGCGAGCAGGGCACCGCCGGGAACCCGAGGGUGGGCUGA